GGCAGUACAGAGCGGGCUGGGGGGCGGCGGAGAUCACGAGGGGGUGCAGACUCCAGGACCUUGUUGGCCUUGCUCCUUGGGAAGUGGGGGAGACUCCCCUAGGGGCUGUGGCGUUAAACGCCAGGGAGAGAGCCAGGGACUGAUGCUGAACCUUCACUACUAUCGCUCCCUGGCUGGCCCAGCGAUCCGGGCUCUGUGCUGCAGUGUUAAAUGCAGGCUCCUUGCUUUGGGCUGUAGCCAGUCCCCCAGCCAGCUCCGGAGGGACUCCGCGCUGGUUAUUGCUGCCAGCCUAGCUCUAGCCACGGGGCCUGACUUGAAGAACCUGUGAAGGGGUCUCCUCUGGCCUGGUGGGGAGGUGGUGAUGCACUCUGGUUGCAUUGCAAGGCCGUUCAUCUCCUGGGAGCAUCUCUUUCUCCAGGUGCAAAUGCCAGGAAAGGUGCUGCAGUGCUGAGUGGUGCAGCUGUCAGAAAUGGCGCAGAUUGGGAAGGGUCCAGAAGCGGUUUCCUUUGCCCGCCCACCACGGGGCAAGUGGACAGGCAGCUGUUCCCCCGCCAGGAGCGGACCACAGCCAGGGAAGGAGAAUGAACCAUCUGCCUGGGAUGGGUCAGGUGCACAGAGCUGCAGCAAGAUCCCUGUCCUAGCCAAAAGCCGCCUGCCCCCAGACUUCCAGCAACUGCACCAGACCUGGGAGAGCCAGAAGGGGAAGGCUGCCGGCAAGAAGUCCUGUGCCCUUAGCCCGACCUGCAAAGGGGACAAGCACCCCGUUGGGCCCUGCGCGGAUGUGGUUGCAGCCGCGGAGCUGCUGGUGGGAUCCCCCAGUCUGCUGAGCAGAGCCCCCCUGGAGGAGAUUCAGCAGUGGGCAGCAGCGCAGAAGAAAACACCAGGGAGCAGCAGGGAUGGAGCUGGCUGGUGCAGCCCCAGCCUCUACCCGCAGGAUGAAAGAGACCCUACAUCACAGGGUGGAGGGCAAAGCUACGUAGGGCUUACUGGUCCGGUUCGGCCUCGUGACCCCCAUGGUCUCUUUGCAGAAGCUGGCCUCGUGGGCUUUGUGGCGGACUCGGUGGCUGUGGCCAGCAACCUCUCCAGGAUGGCAAACAGCAUGCUGGGCGUGGCCAGGAAACCCAACCUGGCCUGCUCAGCCCCUCCGAGGGGGGGCAAGGGAAACGUGGUCCAUGCCAGUGGAAACACACGGACUGUGCACGGCAGCGUCUCCCUGUACGUGGCCUCGAGAACCCCGGCCUUGGACCUGAAUCCAGCCCGUGCCUCCUGCUACUCCCGAGUGGCAGCUAAAGAUGCAGUUGGCCGAGCCCUGCAGGACCCUGCCCAGUGCCGUGGCCUGCUCCUUAAACCUCAGCAGAUCCAGACUCUGUCCGUGGCGCUGAGGGACCUGGCACCCCGUGCCCAGUCCGUGAAGGUGGGCGCAGGGGCGAAGGAGGCAUGUCGGGGGCGCCCGCAUCCCAGUGCCACAGCAGCACAGAGUGACCCAGCCGGGAGCCGAACCGGAGCAGGGGACCAGCCCAGCGAUGGCAGGCCGGGAUCCCCAAGCCAUGGCAAAGCCACGGGGCACCAGAGCGCAGCCCACAGCGGCGGCUCACCCCCGAGGACGGACCCCAUGGGAGCGUCACAGACCGAGCAGUUUGUGCCGGACCCAGCUGCCCUGGCCAGCAUCCUCUCCAACGUGGGGCUGAGCCACGCCGCCCUGGAGCCCACGGGGAGCUUCGGCCUGGCUCGCAGGGUGCCGGUGAAGGGGCUGCGGAACGUGCAGCCCUCGGUCGGGGGGCGCCCCACGGACAGCAGGACCUCGCUGCUGGGGAACCGGGUCAGCGUCCCCCCGAAGGGAAACUUCGGCCGCGUGUCCUGCCGCUCGGUGCCGGGCCUUAAAGGUAUCGAAGCCCCGGAUGGUCCCCGGGUUGGCAGGCUCAGGACCCCGGAGAGCAGACGCGAUUCGCCCUUUGGCUCCGCCAGGAGGGUGCCCGUCACGCAGCCCCAGUCCCUGCGCAGCGCUUGCUUCUCCUCCCGCCGCCUGCCCGUCUUCCCUCGCUCCAGAGAGGCCCUGGAGAAGCGCUCGGCCCGGGGAGCUCUGCAGACCCCAGCCAGGUGGGCCGGCGGCCUCUCCCCGCAGCCUGGAAGCUCUGACCCCGACGAGUCGGCCCUGCCCUGGGAGAAGAUCGUGGUGCGUCUCUUUGGGCACGGGGAGAGCCAGGCGGCCGCGGAGGCAUCGGUGAGGAAAGCUCUCACCCAGCCUGCUGAGGGAACCACCAAGGCGCAGCGACAGGAAGAGGCGUUAUUCCUCGUCCAACGGGGCUUGCCGAAGUCGGAAUACGCCGUCCGUUAG